GUCCGAAACUGAAAAUAAGUGCCGGAGUGGGAACCUCUCGCUGUGACGAGUAGACUUUGUACCUGAUACAUGUAUAAGUUUGUGGUUCGUCGUCUAUUCGUUUGGAGUUUAAGCUGCUCCAAGAUGUUUCGCGUCCGUGCUGUUCGGCGGCUCUAACCGUGUUUCCAGCCUGAGCUGAAAUGGACAGAAAUCAGAUGGAGAGAUACAUCUCCCAAAGAGUACUGUUCGUGCUGCUGACUGUAAUUUCUGCUAUUUCAGGUGACUGUCCUGUCCCAGCUUCUGGGUUCCUUGGGGAACAGGUUGUGCUGCCCUGUACCUACAAAAGGAUUGUCCCAGUCUCCAAUUUACUGGUAAUCUGGGGCAUUUCAGAGCAUGAAAUUUUAUGGAAGUUCAUCGAUGGGAACAAUGAUUUGACAGACCAACACCCAAGAUUCAGAAACAGAACAGAUCUGUUCAGUGAUCAACUGGAACAAGGCAACUGGUCACUUCUGAUCUCUGACCUCAGGGAGUCUGACCAGGAUGAGUAUAAGUGUUACAUUUACAAGAGAGCAGCUGUGGGCUAUAAUUUGGAGCAAACUGAUUUUGUCCAUCUCUCAGUAACAGAGCGAGCUCCUACACCUGUACCGAACACACCUGUACCAGAUACUGGACUGUCUCAUGGUGAACUAACAGCAAUUAUUUAUGCUGUCUUUUUUGUCGGUAUUUAUGUUGCUGUCAUAGCCCAAAGCUUAAUAAAACGUAACUGUAUUGAAAACCAGUGUUGCAGGACUCAAAAUGAAGCAUCGAAUGCUCACCCUUUGAGAGAGGUGAUCACUGCAUGUGAAGUACAAAGCAUUGUGACAACAGCACCUGAGCAUCAGGAUGGAAUGGCUGGAGAACAAAACCUUCUGGGGAAUGGGGCUGUCCAGCUCUAACUGAAUUUCCACUGUACUGAGCCUGGCCCAGGGAGAGAGAAAUCAGCCCAGUAUUAUGGGGACUGAGUGUUUCCUGGUGGAAAGCCUGAUCUCAGGAUUAGGAUUAACGAUCACUUCCACAAUAUAAGUAACUCUGUUAUAUCUCAGUAUUACUGUUUAAAGAUUGUCAAACGAGUCUCAGGGCUCACUUGUAGGUUUGCAAUUCUAACUCUAACUUCCAACACUUAAUGCUGUGAGGAAAUAUACUAAUGUCCUUAUUCUUCUUAAUAAUUAACUUAUUAGGUAGUUCUCGGUCUGAGUGCUGCCCAGGCCCACUUUAUUGUCCACCUUAACUUGACCCACUGUAGUGAUGGCGCUCCCACAGUGGGGAAGAUGGGAAGAGGCUUCAGAAACUGCCUCUGCAGCAUCAUCUACUGGGCAAAGCCCGGAGCUACAGCAUUACCAGCAGCUUUUAUAUCCAGAGUUCGGCUUCUGGAUGGUUCAGAGAAAGAGACAAUACAACAGCCCCUUCAAUCAUGUCUUGUGUGUUUAAUUUGCUUUCCAAGAUGAUGUUAUUCCAAACAAUUUUUUUUUUUGCUACACAAUAUGUAUAUGGUCCUGUGAAUAUUUCAGGAAAAUAUGUAUGUUUCCAUCUACUGCUGUCGUGCUUUGCAAAGUUUUGCUCCAAGCUAUAAGUAAAGGGAAGCUGAUUA